CUCUAAUACAAGUGAGCUAUGGCAGUCUUUUAUCAUCUUCGGCUGGUGUCUCUGGCUGUGUUGAUGCUGGUGUCUCAGCUGGACUUUGCCAGUGCUACUGUUCGGGUGUUUGGCUUACACGCCAGGGACCUCACCGGUGACCCUGCUGGAAACAAACCUGAUCCAUACCUCAAGGUCUGGUGUGGCUCUGCUUUUGGGGGCCAAACAGAAUAUCGCAAGGAUACUGCUCAUCCUACAUGGUCUGCAGAGUUCAACUUCCCAAACUGCAAAGCAAAUGAAACCUUGAAGCUGGAGGUGUGGGACAAAGACCUUAAUUUUGAUGAUCGCUUGGGCACGUGUACCAAACAGGUGCAAUAUGGGGCUUUCACUGUUACUUGUUAUCUGAACAAAGGAACAGUGUUUUACAGGUACGAGUUGUUACAAUAAAUCUGUUCCAAUCCAGCACUUUGUGAUGACAAACCUCUGUGACUAGCCUGAUAGUAAUAAAUCGACAAUAUACAUUGAACAUUCACACUGAAUGUUUAUUAUGUUUUUGUUUCAUUACAUGGUGGAAUUAGUUUAUCAGACUCAGUCUGUCAUAUAUUAAUACUUGAGACUUCAGUUGAGGUUAGUUGAUUCACAAUUACCUCUUGUUCUCAUAUGAAUGUGCCAUAUUAGCCCUGCUUCUCCUUUUCCUGCUCACAGAUUAUCGUAAACAUGAGUGUUUUGCACCAGUUUUUGUGUUAAAGAAAAGGUAGUGUACAUCAAAUGUAAACGUAGUAAAUGGGAAGUUAGCUUAUAGAAGGUCUCUUGCUUCUAGAUGGGGAAAUUAAAAAAAAACAAAA